GUCAAAUGACCUAACGACUUGGCCAGUAUAAAAUCCAUAAAGUAAAUUUCUCUAUGAUCUAAUCAACUCGUACUCACGAUUAUAUCCGGCCUCAAAUCGGCGUGGCGUGAAUGAGCGUGUGUGUCAACAGAUUUUUACACUCUUGACCUUUGCCAUGGAAAAACAGUACAACAAAGUUUCCAGACGGUCACCGCUUACGUCGCUUAACUUGAGUGAUCUCGGGGCCAUAGGCCAUUACAGGAGAAAGGAGAAGACAGGAAGAAUAACCUCACUAAUAAAUAAGUAAUUAGCUUGAAUUAGAUGGUAAUUGGUAAUUAAUUAGUAAUUAUUAAAAUAUAAAUAAAGAAUAGAAAUAUGGCAUAAAUAUGCAAUAGAAUAACAUUUAGUUUUGUUAGCAGAAAGGAACUUUGAAGAGUAUUAAGAAAGUGGUAAAGUUAAGUGCCAAGAAUAUAUUUAUAUAAAUAUGCUACUUUCAAUUAACAAUGAGAACAAGCAACAUCUAGAAAUAUUAACUUUUCAAUCUGAAUCAGUUAUUGCUGAUUUUUGUAAAUUGACUUCCCAAUUUUUGCACCAUGGACCGAAUCAAAAAAGAUAUGAUACUGCAGCUCAAAAAUUAGAGGUGGAUGUUCAUGUCAUACAAAAUUGUAUAUAUGGAUUGGUUCAUUUAUUAAUGUUAGCAUGCAAACAUAAGCUUAGUGUCCAUGAUUUCAAAGAUUCAGUUUUAGCAUUAGGCUUUACCAAUGAACAAGAAUCAGUUCUUACCCAUUUUUAUGAAUCACAACACAAUGAAUUACAUUCCCUCAUUAAGCCAAACUUAGAUGAACCACACUACUAUGACAUGCAAUGGAGAUUUGAAGUACAACUUGGUAGUCGCUCACUGUUGGAACAAGUAACUCCAUUAGUAGUGAUGAAUUUAUCUUUAAAAACAACUGACGGAAAGGAAAAGGAAAAUAUAGAGCAUCACCUCAUACAAACUGAUCCAACAAAUCUAUUACAUUUAACAAAUGAGUUGGAGCGUGCCCUUUCUGAAUCUAGAAGUCGUCACUCUAGAAAAGUUGAAAACAUUAUUAACAAUCUCUAAUUUUUUUAUAAAUGAAACGCAGUGAUUUUUUACCCCUUUUUAUUCUUAUUACUAUAUUCAUUAAUAUAUACUUAUUUACUUUUAUGUUCAAAAUUUUUCCAAAUAAAAAAAGUAUACA